GGCGCCCUGUUUUCACCGGCGUCCGGUUCAGGUUCAUGUCGUUCAUCGGGAUCGGUAUCAAUUUUGAUUUCGUUGUAAUUUGCAAAUUGAAAUACUUCAUUUGAUUUCAUACUUUGAUUUGCAAAUACUUGAUUUGAUUUGGUACUUUGAUAUUUGCCCAAUGGAGGGUUGGAGGCUUUUUUUGGUAAAACCAAAUGACCUCAUUUGUAUCUGAGCAUUACAAGUGAAUUCCACACUUCAUGAUAAUGAUGGAUGUGACGAUGAGUCCAAACAUUUCAACAACUAUGGAAUCUGCAACAAGUGCUGUCACUGACGCACCCGGCGGAGCUGCCGGAGCUGCCAGCGUCAGCAGCGUGCUGCCGGAGGCGCCGCUGCUGAACGCCACUCAGGCGGACGGCAUGAUGAAGCACAUCAGUCCCGGAGCGCUGAUGCGCGGCUCCAUCGUGUUCGGCGUGCUCUGCGCCCUGGUGGUGGUCUACAUCGCCUUCAGAACGUGCCGGCUGCGCCGGAAUCGGAAGACGGCGCGUUACAACGUUCUGUCUACCAACGACGAGACAGCGCCGCUCCAUAGCGACGAGGACGAAGAAACGGUGUUUGACGCCGCCAGUUCGCGCCGGUAGUGCGCCGGCACGAUGCACCGCGGCGGAAUGUGUGUUGACAGCGCGGUGCACCCGAUCUGGGGCCGACACUGGACAUUUUAACCUGUGGACACCCGGUAUCUGUGACUCCGGGUACGGCGUCAGGUGCGUGGGCCGCGCAGGACAGCGCGUGUGUGCGCGUGCCCGGGAUGUGUGAUGACGAGGGCAUUUGUGUGGUCUGCGGUGCGAUGUAUUCAGUCCGGUUCAGCCUUUAUUCCUAGCCGAGUGAGAGUGAAUGACGGGGACGCUCAAUGGGACCUGGCCGGCCUGCAGGUGUUUGUGGUGACACCUGUUAUCGUGUGAACUGUAUGUGGGAGUGGGGAGUGCUAUCGCUGGUUUAGAGCUUCACACCGUGCUUUCGUGUAGCGUAGGGACGUGAUAAUCCUACCAUCAUAUGGCUUGAAUUAUUGGAAAUUUUUGUCAAUGUUAUGCAAUUUUCUGGAACCCUUUCAAUCUAUUUACUUUACCUGGGAAGCCACCCCGGCAGUAUUUGCUGCAACGUUGUUUUAUCCAACCGGAUUCCUGAUUUGACGCCAUCCGUCAAACCUAAACACUACUCGCUUGGGUGACUUGUUGUGCGUUGUGCUAUGCUUGCUUUGUUGAAUUUGUGUCAUUGGGAAGACCAAGAUACCGGUUGUGGCAUGUCACACCGACAAGCCUGAUGGCACCUACAUAGCCAUUACGACCUCCGUAAACUGUGCACCGCGCUGUAAAUCGGCGCCUUGAUAGGAGGAGUGGCACCCUGUCGUAAAGCCGGCGUGAUAUGACGGCGUGAGAUCGGGAACAUGACGGCAUUGAUGUGUGACUGUUAUCGGCUGUGCUUUGACUGCUCCUGAAAAUGUGAACGUCCCAUAAUGAAUUCCGGUUGUGCUGCGUGGAUUGCGAUGUGCUGAUAAAGCCUUAGCGAUAUCGCCUCUGCGACUUCGUUGGGUGAUUGCAUAAUUAUUGCUUUGGUACUGAACAAUGAACAUGCACAUUAAAGCAUGUUCAGUUUCCAUUGUCAGGACUCGCCCACACGAUAUCAGCUAUGAAUGCCUCAAAGCAUAGCAAGCGAAGCAAGCAUAGCAGGUGAUGUUUGCCCCUGUGUCUUUGAUUGGUCAUCUUAUUCAUUCUGGCUUGCCAGGGUUCUGAUUUACUGUGAUUAUUGCAUGGAUUGCGUAAUUAUGGCUGCGAUAUGCAGAUGAAUAUCGCUUUGCUGUUUGGUGUGCCUUGUUUGAUUGAGAUACAAUGAAACGGAUCAA